UGCAAAUAAAGAUGCUCUUGGAGGAAGGGAAAGGGAAAUACUCCCUGGCAGAGUCUGCGAGGGACAGGGCAGCUGACUGGCACCUCCUGAGGUCCCCUUCCCAGGUCCUGCCAGGUGCUCACCAUGCCUACCAGCUUCCCUGAAUCAAGUUUCGAAACCUUGACGUAUGAUGACUUUGCUGAAGCCUGUGAUAUGGGGGACAUCGUGGCCUUUGGAAAAGUCUUCCUGGCCGUGCUCUACUCCGUUGUCUUUGCCUGUGGCCUGGUGGGAAACCUGCUGGUGGUGUUUGCCCUCACCAACAGCCGGAAGCGUAAGAGCAUCACCGACAUUUACCUCCUGAACCUGGCCUUGUCUGACCUGCUCUUUGUAGCCACUUUGCCCUUCUGGACUCACUAUCUGAUAAAUGAGCAAGGCCUUCACAACAGCACGUGCAAACUCACCACUGCCUUCUUCUUUGUCGGGUUUUUUGGAGGCAUAUUCUUCAUCACCAUCAUCAGCAUCGACAGGUACCUGGCCAUCGUCCUGGCCGCCAACUCCAUGAACAACCGGACCGUGCAGCAUGGCGUCAUCAUCAGCCUCGGCGUCUGGGCAGCAGCCAUCCUGGUGGCCACACCCCAGUUCAUGUUCACCAAACGAACAGAAAACGAGUGCUUCAGUGACUACCCUGAGGUCCUGCAGGAUAUCUGGCCCGUGCUCUGUAAUCUGGAAACAAAUGUUCUCGGCUUCCUGCUCCCCCUGCUCAUCAUGAGUUACUGUUACUUCAGAAUCAUCCAGACACUGUUCUCAUGCAAGAACCACAAGAAAAUGAAAGCCGUGAAGCUAAUCCUUCUGGUGGUCAUCGUGUUUUUCCUUUUCUGGACACCCUACAACGUCAUGAUCUUCUUAGAGACGCUCAACCUCUUUGACUUCUUUCCCUCCUGUGCCAUAAAGAGGGAUCUGAGGUUGGCCCUCAGUAUGACUGAGACAAUUGCAUUCACCCACUGUUGCCUCAAUCCUCUUAUCUAUGCAUUCGCUGGAGAGAAGUUCAGAAGAUACCCGUACUACCUGUAUCGGAAAUGCCUGGCUGUCCUGUGCUGCCGUCCCGGUCACGUCACUUUCUCCCCCUCCCUGUCUGAAGCCCAGAGGAGCAGGAGGGAAAGCGUUCUCAGCAGCAACUUUACUCAUUACACCAGUGAUGGAGAUGCAUCCAUCAUUCUUUGAAGGGAUCCCCGAAGCCCUGUCCUUCCAGCAAGCCGGGAGUUCCUACGUCUGACACUGAACAAUGAGGACAGAUUUUUUAAAUUUCUUACAUGCAAGAAAUGACAGGCCCAAUGUCCCCAAAACAAGAGGACUGUGCUCAAAAUUUGAACGAUAGGCAUAUCUCUUACUGUAAAUAUCUGGAUUUUUGGUUUACAAAUGACAAAAAUUCAACUCAGACUAAUUUAACCCGAAAGGAGGCGGUAUCGUUCACCUUGUGGUGAGGGUAAGGGGGUGGCAAGUCCUCAGAGUGAGUGAAAACUAGAGCUGGAAUCUAGCUAGAAUUUCCUCUCUCUGACUCUCAAAUAUGAGUGGGGACAGAGCUCCCAGACUCAUAUAUCACAGCUUUGUCCAUCAGAGAGGGAGUGAGACCCAGUCCCCUCUGGUCCCAAGGUCAAAAUUCCCAGGGAAGGGCUGUGAUUGGCAAAGUUUUUAUCAAAUGCUCAUCCCUGGACCAGGCAGCGGUACCCACAGGGCAGGGAUAAAUAAGAUAGCAGCUUCUGUUCAAACUUAUGGUUAGAGGUACAGGAAGAUGUAUUUCCAAGAAGCUAGCAGAGUGGGUGCUGUUGAUCAGACAGAACAAGAGUUGUCCACCAACUUUACCAUUUGUCUGGUCCAGCCUCCCUGCGAUCAUACCAGCCAGCACACACUGUCAGCCUCUUCUUCAUUAAAUCCCCUUCUGUCAGGUCCCUAAACCUACAAUGGUUUCCUAGUACCCACUGCAUCAAGUCCACAUUCAAAUACCUGGCCUCUGAGAGCCUCCAUCAUGAGGUCCCACCAACAGAUUCCCCAGUGCCUCUCCUUCCUAAAGGACUCCAGCCGCCCUGUCAGCCAGGUCUCUUCCACUCGGCCUCACGCAUUGCCACCUGCCCCCGGGCCCAGGGAGAUAAACAGGAGAAACACUGGCCCAAACUGAGAAGGCAUGGUUUCCAAUCCCAACUCUAUCACUUGCCCCUUGGGUAAUUUGGGGCCAACUGAGCUUCAGGGUCCUCACCUGUAGAAUGGAGAUAAGAGCACUGUUCACAUAGGAAGCACCCCUUCCAGCAUGAGGACCCAGCCUCCAACUCUCGCAGAUUCCAACCCUCUCGUCUGGUUCCCAGACUUCAGCUCUUCCCCCACGUGGCACCGUGCUUCAGCGGUGCUGUUGACAGAGCUUGGAGGAGCCGCUCGGGCUCUGCUGCAUGAUGUAGCCCAGAAACAGAGGAGGCUGGUUCCUACGGUGGCUCUCAGUGGAUGCUCCUAGAUGCACAGACUGACAGUCCUCCCUGACCCAGCCCUCCCAGACUGCCUGGAUAUCUCCUCCCAAUCGCCUGGUGACAACCCCUGUCCAUCUGGAGAGAACCUCCAUCAUUCAUGCCACUGCCAGCCUGGAGAACCAGGGUCCUGGGAGCAGCUUCCUUUUCUCAGUAAACAUUUAGAAUGGUCUAAAACUUUAAAGCUUGAGAAACAAUUGCAAUGAUGCUAAAGAAUACGUCAUCUGUGAUCUAACCACACAAUAUUUUCAUGUGCCCACCAGACAUGGUUCACACCAUCAUGUGUUUCGAGUUGCAAUCAUAAUAUACAGUUAUAUCAUCUACUUUUUUCCCUCUUAACAUGAGGCCACAAAUAACUCUGUUUCUCCAAGUUUUGUAAUGAUCUCUGCCAGGUUGUGUACUCAUCGAAGGCAUCUGACUCAUCGCUACAUUUCUCACUCCUUGGCAGUCAGUAUGUUUGUUUACCCAGUGAGAGAAUGAAUCAUGUUCCAUCGAGAUCAUGUCCUGUAAUUUACUCUCCAUUACCUUGUUAACAGACAUUCCACUUGUUUCCAAUAUUUAGCAAAUACAUAUUUUAACAGCAA